AUGAACCAGAUCAGUUCCGGCAAAACUUUGCUCAUCGACGACCUGAAGAAAGUCGUUCGCCAGCACCUGAAGAUCGCCAGUCUCAUUGCGGCGGACGCUUCGUCUGAGGGCCGAGACGAGCUGUUCAUCCAACCGACCGACGAGCUGCUCUACGCUAUGGACAUCCAGGACAUCAACACGCUCUACGCGCAGACUGACCUCGUCUUCAGCGACUGCGGACUGGAUCUGUCGACCGAGACGAAGGAUCUCCAGCGCCUAGUAACAGCCGACGGCGGCGGAGUAGCAGUGCUAUUCGCGCGGAAGCAGCAUAUGAUGUACAGCUUCGAGCAGACCUCGCAGUCCAUGUGGAGGAUAUCGAACCACAUUCACCGCCAGUUCGAGCGAGAAGAAUUCGCCUUCGAGGACCCCGAGACGACACACGCCCACCGAGGGCUUCAGCACGUUCGAGUCGCUCAUGGACUUCAACACGAGCGGUGCGCCGUUGUCGGUCAAGGAGGGCGCUUCGUGGCGGGCGAGCAGUUCUACAACCACGAGAUGUACGGCAGUCUGCGCAAGGGCUACAUGAUCUUUGGCUGCAUCUUCAACGCCGUCGCGGUGUUCAGAAUCGCUGGUGUGAGUGCGUCUUUGGGUGCUGAUUCGACAAGUAACAGCAUGGUCAUCCUGGCGCUCGUGCUCGUGGCGCUGGCCAGCUACUCGCAGCGCGACCGCGGCGCCAUUCCGGCGUCGUACUUGAUUUUCCGCCGAUUCAUGUUCAUCUUCACGUCGGUGCUGUUGUUCCUGGCGCUGGUCACGGGCUCGGAGCCGUAUCCAAGCAUCCGCGACUUGCAGUACGAGAAACUGGGGAGCGGCAUCUGCUUUGAGGUGGCGGACGAGCAUGUCAAGAAGGCCUAG